AGAGAACAUUUUUUUUUUGCUUUUGCCGUCAAGAGGUCAUGACAGUGUGAAUACCUGACAGAAAUGACACUGAAUCCACAUUUUUGCCAUGAUUUUAGCUUAUAAAGGCUGUGGUUUUAAACUUUUGGUCAGCUGAUGAACAGCCCAUUUCUCUUCAGUGUUUGUCUGCAGUAAAUUGCUUAAUCAAAAAACUAAUUCCAAUGUGCACUAUAACAGUUGGUAUGCCUCAUUAAGGAGUUUCUUCUCUCUCCUCCCCUAGGCAACAUGGACAGACAUCACUAUGAAACCUUCGAGAAGUUUGGCAACAACACUUUCCUGUUGCACCUUGACAACGGACGAGCAUUCGGUCGUCACUCCAAGGACGAGCCUUCGAUCCUAGUACCUUUGGAGCAGUGUUGCAGAGUUCGCCGUUCCACGUGGCUGCGCCUGCGCCUCCUGUCACUGCCGCAGUAUCGCCUUAGUGACGUCAUGCGGGCCUCGCUCUCCCACGACCCCCUGCAUGGCGUUGCCCCUCUGCUGUCCGAGCCCCACUUGGCUGCUCUGGAUCGGCGCUUGAAAACCGUGCUUGAGACCGUAAGUCAUUGUGUGAAGCAACAGAGUGAGGGGAGCAGUGAUGGGGUCUUCUACGACGACUUCAACCUUCUCAUGGACAUGUAAACUCCCACUAUGUUGAGCAGUCACACCUUAUAUGAUAUGGAAGUAAUUAUAUUUGCUUAGUGAGGCAUCAUUUGCAUUAAAUUUUUUGCAUUUCAUGUUUACACUUAUGCAUAAAAGUAAUGGGACACCAGGCCAUUCUUUGUUCAAAAGGUGUUUUGAGGGCUGUUAUGAUUUUGAAAAGGGAGUUUCACUGCAUAACAACCAGUUCAUAUUGUAUACCAAUUAUAUCGCAUACAGUAAAUACAGUGGUGUGAAAUAUAUAUAUAUUUUUUGCUUGUUCGUCACGCUCAAAUGUUUCACAUAUUCAAACAAAUUUAAAUAUUAGUCAAUGACAACACACCUGAACACAAAAUGCAGUUUUUAAAUGAAAUUUUUUAUUAUUAAGGGAGAAAAAAAAAAUCCAAACGUACAUAGCCCUGUUUGAAAAAGUGAUUGUCCCCUAAAUCUAAUAACUGGUUGGCCACCCUUACCAGCAACAACCGCAGUCAAGCGUUUGCGAUAACUUGCAAUGAGUCUCUUGCUGUGGAGGAAUGUUUGCCCACUCCUUUUUGUAGAAUUGUUUUUCAGCCACAUCGGAGGGUUUUCCGGCAUAAACCGCCUUUUUAAGGUCAUGCCACAGCACGUUUUCUGGCAAAAUUGAGACAAGCCUUAAUGUUCUUUUUAUUCAGCAGUGGUUGUCAUCUUGGAAUUCUGCCAUGCAGGCCGUUUUUGCCCAGUGUCUUUCUUAUGGUGGAGUCAUGAACACUGACCUUAGCUGAGGCAAGAGAGGACUGCAGUUCUUGGGAUGUUGUUGUGGGGUCUUAUGUGACCUCUUGGAUGUGUCGUCGCUGCGCUCUUGGGGUCAUUUUAUUUGGCUGGCCGCUCCUGGGAAGGUUCACCACUGUACCAUGUUUUCACCAUUUGUCGAUAAUGGCUCCCACUGUGGUUCACUAGAGUCCCAAAGCUUUAGAAAUGGCUUUAUAACCUUUUCAACACUGACAGAUGUCAAAUACUUUCUUUUUAAUUUGUUCCUGAAUUUCUUUACAUCUCAGCAUGAUGUCUAGCUUCUGAGGAUCUUUUGGUCUACUUCACUUUGACAGGCAGGUCCUAUUUUAAGUGAUUUUUUCAUUGAGAGCAGGUGUGGCAGUAAUCAGGCCUGGGUGUGAUAAACCACAGUUAAGUUAUGCAAUCACUUUUUCACACAGGGCUAUGUAGGUUUGGAUUUAUUUCUCCCUUAAUAAUAAAAAGUUUAAUUUAAAAACUGCAUUUUUUGUUGUCAUUGAAUAAUAUUUAAAUGUAUUUUUUUAUCUGAAACAUUUAAGUGUGACAAACAUGCAAAAAAUAAGGAAUUAGGUGUUUCAUUCAUUGGAAGUGAUCUAUUCAUCAUUUUGUGUCAAUGUCAUAUUGUUUUUAUCGCUAAGAAAAAUGAUUACAAAACAAGUGUGUAUCCAUGUGUGAAAAGUAUCAAUAAUAUAUGAGAGGAUUUGACAUUAAAGUGCUUGUGCAGCCCUUUAUAUGUUAAAUAUUUGGUAACGUAAGCUGAAAUGGAGUCCGGAUGCCUCAUUAUAAGGUUGUGUAACCAUAUGAUUACUCUCAGCCAAUCAGUGAGAAAAGCUAAUGAUUGAUGCUGAUAUACUCUACCGGUCAAAAGUUUUACAAUACUCCAAUUUCUCUGGAGGAAAAACCUACAUUUUUAAGUGGUAAGAUGAUCUGCCUCUCUUCCAUUGUGAAUUCCUUUUUUCUUUCCAUUUUUAUAGCAACAAGUUACUUUCUCCAGUACAGUCCUAUUCAACUGAUGUCCACAAGGGUAUACUGUAGUACCACAGUGUGUUUUGAGCACUGUUUUUAUGCAGACAGAGGAAGUAGUAAGUACUCCAGAACUUAUUAAUUAGCAGGAAUUAGUUUUACCACCUGCCGAGGCUUGAUCAACCUCCAUUUCUGCAGAACAGCUUUAAAUUGUUGACCCAUUUUGUGGUCCAUGAAAUGGGCCUUUUUGUUGUUUUUUUUAACCUCUGACACUUCACAACUUACCUUUGUACCAUUUAAAGCUAUUUGUUGGACUUGAACGACUUGAACUUCAAUAAAUAACUAGAAAAAUGGGGGUGUUCUAAAACUUUGGACCGGUAGU